GGGUUUAUUAUUUCGUUGAGUAUUAAUCGUUUCUCGGUCUGUUCGUGUGAGCUACAUUUCAAAUGUUGAAUCGUCGUCGCCCGAUAUUCCCAACCAACGUCGUGAGUUUGAUCCAAAGUAGUUGACUAGUUGCAGGUUCCAAGAAUAGCUUUGAGCAGCACCACUGCAGCACCGUGAACCACGAGUCUAGAGCCUCGGCGACGGGCGACCCGCGACCGCUCCCACCAUCAGCUCCGCUCUGUUCACGGUGGGCAUAAAGAAUUUUCCCAAGUUUAUCAAUUCUGUAUAAUUGGUGUACAAGAUCAAAAAGGUGUAACCCGAUAACGAGGGAGUUAUUGAAGAAGAAAGUAUCAAUACACAAUAACCCGGAUGGGGGUGAAAAAAACGAUUUUUGAUUGUGAAGUGAAGUGAACCGUGUGUAUGCCUGUGCUAGUGAUAGAAAUUUCAACUUGUCAACAGUUUAAUAAAAUAGUAGAAUAAAUUAAAUAAAAUAAUAAUGUCCAUAGAGACUCGAUCAAGUUCGGCUCUUUUCAAGAGAGCCGAACAAUUAAAACGUUGGGAAACAUCGGAAACAAACCGUGAACCACCUCGGCCUAGGCAAAUUGAUCGGAAAAUUAAAUUUUCGGCCGAAUGUGUCUAUUUAGCGGCAUGUGCAGCUGGCGACAAGGAAGAUGUUGUGCGUUUAUUGCAAAAAGGUGCAGACAUCAACACCGGGAAUGUUGACGGGUUGACAGCCCUACACCAGGCUUGCAUAGGCGAUGACUUGGAUAUGGUGGAAUUUUUGGUGGAGCAGGGGGCGGAUAUCAAUCGUGGAGAUAAUGAAGGCUGGACGCCUCUCCACGCUACAGCCUCCUGCGGAUUCAUAUCAAUUGCCAAAUACUUGAUAGAACAAGGAUGUAACCUUGGAGCUGUAAACAACGACGGCCAGUUGGCCCUUGAUAUCGCGGAAAGCGACGAAAUGGAAGACAUGCUUCAAAAAUUCAUCAAUGAAGCUGGCAUAGAUUGCAAUCAAGCAAGGAGUGAAGAAGAAAGAUUAAUGAUGAAUGAUGCGCGAGCUUGGCGUGGCGGUGCCCCAGGCAAAGAUACUAUACAUCCUAGAACUGGGGCUACGGCCCUCCAUGUUGCUGCUGCCAAAGGAUAUCUUAGAGUAAUCAACACCCUUCUACAAGCUUGCUGUGACGUAAAUGCUCAAGAUUUUGAUGGUUGGACUCCUCUGCACGGAGCUGCGCACUGGGGUCAACUAGAAGCUUGUAAAAUUCUUGUGGAAAAUUACUGUGAUAUGGAUAUAAAAAAUUAUUCUGGACAAACAGCGUUUGACGUUGCGGAUCCAGACAUUGUGAAGGAGUUGGAAGAAUUGAGGAUAAAACAACAAAUACUAUUGAAGGAUCAUCCACAGUUGAUACAAAAAGCUUCUGUACCUUCAAAAAAACGUGUAUCUACCAACAACGAAAAUGUGGUAGCGGCACCCGAGGAUUCAGACAUCUUUGAAGAAGAAACUCCGAACAAGGUCAAGAAAGUUGAACUGGAAAUUCAAUCUGAUAAAGAAGACUCAAGUUCUACUACAAACAGUGAUGUUGAAGGUGAGGUCGAAACGGACAUGGAUGCGAGUGAGGGUGAGGGUGAUGGUGAUUCUGAGACUAGCUCUGACACCCACUCCUCAACCCAUUCCGAUCACUCUAACAGAUCCGUCCAAUCCAACCACUCUGCAUGUUUGACAGAUGACGAGAAAAAAAAUAGAGCGAACAGGGAUGAAACUGCAUCACGGCUUCCGUCAACACCAGCGGAAACUAACCAAGUUCCUAAUCAGGCUCCAAUAAUGCCACCCAAACAACAGACUGAAAACAACGAAGAUGGAUCCAUUCCAUCCUGGCGACGUUCGGGUUCCUUCAGGAGUAGAAAUACAGAAAUUGAGUCUACAAACUCGAUAUCUACCAGGAUAGAAGACAAAGAGAAGUCAUCUUCGAAGUCUCCAAGUUCGCCUAACAAAAUCGCCCCAGAGUCAGAAGUGGUACUUAGAAGAACGCGAAGCUUUGAAGCUGAUGAGAAGUUCUAUGAGCGGUACAAGGCACUGCAAGCUCGCAUCAAGGCAUCCUCUUGCCCCACUCUCGAUUGUUGCAAUCCAGCUUCUCCUACUCACAGCAAUACUGUGACAACUUGUUCUGCGUCCGUACGCAAAACUCAGAGGAGAAGAGAUGUUAAAUUGAACUUGGAACUCACAAGGGAUCUUGGAACAAGGGUUCAAACAGGGUCAAUGACCUCCCCGACAUCACCACCUAGCAAAGCUACAACACCUGUGUCUAACGCAACAUUGGCUACGACUGUGACACCAACAACAAGUCCAGUUCCGGCGAACCAAAUACGCAGCAAGCAACAAGCGGACCGCACACCAUCAAGUUUAUCUUCUAAUACGACAACAGCUACACCUGUAACCCCGACUACACCUGGUGGAAGCAAACUCAGUCCAGGAAAUAUCUUCAAAAAUUUCUUCAAAUCGUUCGUGCCACCCGUUCGUGAUGAGGAGAGUGAAACUCAAAGAAAAGCACACGCUAAGAGGGUUCGAGAGACAAGGCGUUCAACUCAGGGCGUGACGUUAGAUGAAAUCAAAAGUGCGGAGCAGCUAGUGAAAAAGAAGCAGCAGUUGAACAACGAGUCGUCAUCACCUGUAACAGCACCCUCAUCACAGCCUGCAGCUUCUGUCAGCAACUCCACCUCAAUCACAGCUACGAUAACAACAGCUACUCCUACUACAGUGUCGGCAAACAAACCCUCCGAGGAAACUAAUUUGCCUGAGAGACGGCCCUCUUGGAGGCUCAGGGUAGAUAAUGGAAGCAAGUUCCAGCUUGAAGAUGCAAAUAAUAGAACAACCACUGAUACUACAACUGCAUAUAUCAGGAGGCCUUCUGGCGGAACUGGAGUUCCGAGACCAAGUUCAGCGCCCGUAGAAACUAUUACAGCCAGUUCCGCCGAUACUACAAUCACCUUACCUUUAAGACGACCUCUCAAACCCCCAGAAGAUAAAGAACAAGACAAGGAAAACGACAGUAGAAAUGCGCAAGCGACUCAAGCUGUGAUUCAAAGAAGACGUAGGCCCAAGAGAAGAUCCACAGGAGUUGUCCACGUGGAUAUGGAUGAAAUUGACCCAGAUAGGCAGGACACAUCUGCCAGCGGAGACUAUGACGAUUCCAAGGUUAACCAUAAUGAGAGUGGGAACGAACGCUCUGGACGUUCCAGCAGGCUUGGUUCGGUUUCAUCGGUAACAUCUGAUACGCAAAAUCCCCCUACCCGAACAAAACUUUCAGCUUCUGAGAAUGGAGAGCUUGACUACAAGAAACUUUAUGAAGAAUCACAAGUUGAAAAUGAAAGGCUCAAAGAAAAACUUCGCCAGUCUGAUGAACAACUCAAAGAAGCCCAAAGCCUGUUGGACAAGGCACAAAAUGUUCAAACUAAAAAUUCUCUUUCGGAGGCCGAAAAGAGAGAGAGGAGGGCUAUGGAAAGAAAACUUUCAGAAAUGGAAGAGGAAUUGAAGCAAUUACAAAAGCUCAAAGCUGAAAAUGAGAGAUUGAAAGCCGAAAAUCGGGCACUUACCCGCGUCGUAUCCAAACUCACCAAUACUACUAAAUAGAUGAUGGAGUAUAUGAAAUGCGAAAAUCAGAGGCUAAAAGACGAAAACGGUGCCUUGAUUAGGGUGAUCAGUAAGCUGUCCAAGUAAUAUUUUACAUCAAAAAACAAACAUAACUGUUCAUUGUAAUUUGUAUUAUUGUAUUAUUAAUUAUUAUUUCAACUAUACAGCAUUAUUGUGGUCUACUCUAUCGUAAUAUAUAUGGAUUGAUAUUUGUGUUAGUAAUUUAAUUUAUUAGAACAGAAUCAGUUACUCUUGUCGCUCUGCCUUACUAAAAAUAGAAAGGAGAAAUGAAAAAAAAAUGAGGUAACUUUUCUGUUCCUCUGACUGUGAAUAUUUUAAUUCGUUAUCAUUCUUUUUUUUGAUAAACUACUCGACAAACAGUUUUACUAAAGAUGACGCAGCGAUUCUGAAAAUUAUUUUAGCUAUCUGAAAAUACAGCUGGUCGUGUUAUAAUGAUAUUUCUUCUAAUAUAUCUUGUUCUAAAUUAAAUUUUUCUCUUUCGGAUUCACUAACUUUUUUAAAUAUAUAUACGAUACUUCUUGGCAUACACACCGCUGAUGUUCUUACAAAAUCCUUGAUAACAAUCAAGGAAGCCAAACGUUUGAUUAUUGAAACAUUUUUUAGGUGUAGCAUCUACAUCUUCACAUACUGCCAAUACGGUAUUUCUAUGAUUAUACAACCAACUUUCUGCCUGUGUGAGAUACUAAUAUUGACAACAAAAGAUUUUAUAUAUGUAUACAAAAGACGGCUUACUGGUCAAGCCAAAUAACGAACAUACAUAUGAUUGUAUAUAUUAUCACUGACGAAAUUCUAGAUUUUGAUUCAAGCUAAAAAUUCAUUAAACAGUUGGCAGAGAAAAACAUUUUUAUUACAUAAUUGUGGGAACAAAGCUUGUAAAGUAGUCUGAAAAGUUUAUUGACGACAAAGCCUUCUUAACGUAAGAAUUUGAAAUGAUCGCUCAUUGUUUUAGAAUUAUUAAGACUCUGAAAUAACUUUUGAACUAUAAACAUUCACAAGGAUAAAGUUUUGCGUUCAUAACAAAAUGAUUGAAAUCUACUGCCGUUUUUUAUUCACGAAUCUACCGAUCAGGUCACAGACAUAAUCUUGGUGGAACAAGAUUUAUUCAAUUUCAAAUGAAAAAAUGAAAUACACUGCUGUUCAAAUAUUUUUAGUGUCAUUGUUAUAAACAAUUGUAAAAAUGAAAACAAAAACCAAAAUUAUUAAACGAGUGUAGUUGUUUGUGAUGAAAUUUUGUUAUGUAAUAACAUAAAUAAUGUAGUAUAACUAAUAAGGAAGACUAAUAAAGUCGAAUUACUCCGUUGUAUUGUAUUAUAGUGAUUACAUACCUACUAUGUGCUUAUUGUACUAUAUUAUCUUGUUUUAAAGUAUUCAGGCUGAGGUGCGUCAUGCAUUCCUUGUAGAUUCGAAGCAGCGAACCUCGAGCUUUUAACUGUAUAGCUUUCAUAAGAAAAAAUAAUGAUAUGGUCUACUCUACGCACUCAUAUUGCCUACGUACCUUUAUGAAAUUCUCAUGAUAUAUUUAAACAUCGUAUGAAUUUUUUCACUCGCUAAGCGGAUCGUUACUGUAAUUACCUAAUCAACUAAACCGACAAAUGCUUUGUAAGCUACCGAUGCUCACGUCACUUGUAGAUAUCGACGUUAUUAUCCCCCCUACCCUCUGAAUAUUUUUGUUUCUGACAAGCACAGUGAUUAAUAGUAUUUAGUAUAAAAAUUUUAAUGCCGAUUUUAUUGGUACAUUUAUUUAUUUUAUCGUGACCGGUCACUGACCUUAAAUGUAAACUUUCAUCAUGAUUUUGAGUUCAAUCGGACAAGAUAAUAUAAGUUAACGAUGAGGCAUUUGCUAUGCAAUGCACUAUUGAUAUAUUGAACAGUGGAAAUCGUCAAAAAAUGACUCAAAGUAUUCUCAUUUCAUAACGCACUGAUAACUGAUUAGCCUACCAUCUAGUUUAGGGUAUGGAUCGUUGUGCUUAUUUAGAAACUGAAUUAGGACAAUUAAAAAUUGCAAUUCUAUAGAGAUACGUAUGAAUUAUGUUUGCGAUUUUCACCUGACUCUUGUAAUUCUAGCACACAUUAACAUAUCCCCGAAAAAGUGUUUGUGGAUGAAAGUACUCUAUAAUUUGUUUCGUUUCAUGACUACCAAUAAUAAUUAUUAAAAUAUAUUAUCAUACAAAUAACUAUGUUUUGCAAGGGACAUUUAUUAAUAGCUGCGCAGGGAGACUGAUAUUUCUAGUCUCCAUUUUCAUUGUACCACAAAUAUUUAUUUCCUGAUGAACGAUUUCUUUUUUUUCCUACUUGUUCAUUAUGCAAUCAAAAUUUGGACGUGUGUUUUUCUAUUACCGAUGUUUUUAACGUGAUACCACUCAAAUAUAUUGCAAAAGAGAAAUGUAUGUUGUUUAAUUA